GUUCCUUUAAAUCGAAUGGUCUCAGUUCACAGCCAAACAUAACAAGUGUAUUUUUUAAUUUUGCUCCCAAAUUUUUAAUUUAAUAAAAUUACAAUUGCAAUGUUGUCCACACUCGUACUGCGCGGCGCUGCUCGCAGCAAUGCUGCAAACAUGAUCAAGUCAACAGCGCGCCUCACGCCACUGAAGGCUUACUCCACCAUUGUGGCCAAUGUACAGCGCCAGGCUUUGACCAAGCCCCUGGCUCUUACCCAGAAAGUUGCACCAAUUGCUGUGCGCGGCAUUGCUGUAAGUGCUCCCAAGAUGGCUUCAGCUGGCUCCAAUCACACCAGCCUGUGGACUAUUGAGCGCGUUGUUUCCGCUGGACUGCUGGCUGUUAUUCCAGCCGCUUUCCUCGCUCCCUCGCAGGUGCUGGACGCUCUACUGGCCAUCUCCGUCGUGAUCCACACCCAUUGGGGUGUUGAGGCCAUGGUUGUCGAUUAUAUGCGUCCCGCUGUCGUUGGUAACAUUCUGCCAAAGGUUGCGCACAUUGCUCUCAUCAUCAUUUCGGUGGCAACGUUGGGAGGUCUGUUUUACUUCAUCAAGAACGACGUUGGUCUGGCGAAUGGUAUUAAACGCUUCUGGGCCAUUAAGGGCAAGGAUGCCGAAAAGGCUUAAAAAGCCCAUGACGAUCAUCAACAAAUUCACGUUUCGUUAUUUAUUGUGGAUUCGGACGAUUUGCUUAAUAAUAGAUAAAUAAAAGGUAUAUAUGUAACGAAA